AUGAAUAGAUUACCAAGAGUUUUUGGCGUGUUUAAACGUGUACAGAAGAAUUCUUUUGUCACCGGAACUAUUGGAGCGGCUGGAGUAACAACUUUAAUGUUUUCAAAUGCUUCAGUUUAUGCAGAAGAACAAAAUCCUAAAAAAUUAAAAAUUUAUGAUGAUGAGGAACCAGAAAUAGUUUUGGUGGAAACAUCAACUAAAUUAGAAGAGAGCAUUAGAGAUACAAGGAUUAAAAUAAUAAAAUCUUCUAAAGAAUUGGAAAAAAAGAUAAAUAAUAUUACGGAUAAAUGGAUAGAGAAAGAAAAACAUGCAGAAAAAUUAUUGAAAGAAGUAAUCUCUCCUGAUGAGAAAUUAAUGCCAAAUGUUUUAUACAUUGCAGUUGCAGGUUUAGCUGGUACAAUUGUAGCAAGAAACAGUAAUAUUUUGGUUAGAAUAAUUAGUCCAUUGUUAUUUACUGUCUCAUCAUCAUAUUAUUUUUUACCAAAAACCUCAAGAAACAUUGCAUCAAAACUUCAAGAAUAUGAAAAAGGUUAUCCUGAAAGACAUUCCAAAUCAAUAUUUUGGAUAUUAUGGACAAUCUUGCCACUUAGUAUCAGAAAAAUUAGUGAUGGUAAAGAAGAAAUUGAUAUCACCUACUUGAAAUUGGGUUUUUGGUUUAUUCUUCAUCUUAUAACUUAUUUUCUGCAACAAAAAUUAAAGCAACCAUUAGCGAACUCGGUUAGAUCAGCCGCCCACAGCACUCCACUACCAAGAUUUCGUUCACAAAAAAAUUACACUGUUAUACAUUCAAAACCAUUUAGUAUAAGACUAACCACAACGAUCUUAAAUCCCGUUUUUACAUCAAUAGCAAAAAAAACACCUAGAUUUUGGAGAAUAUGGUUUAAUAUUGGUGCAUUUGUUGGAAUAUGCGUUAUGAUAAUUGGUGUUGGUGUAAUAAUGGUUGCCAGCUGGAAACUUUUAAUAGAGUUGUUUUCAAAUGUUGUGUUGGACACUGAUAUAUCUUCAACGUCAACAAAACUAUUUGUAAAUUCUUCAACGACAGAUGGAUCAAAUAUAAGAUUGAGAAAAAGAGGUUUAGAAGAUUAUAAUAAUAAUAAUUUAUUGGAAAAAAAAGAUCACCAAGUAUUUACACCCGUAAUCCCUGGUAUCACUUUACCAAUUUCACAUCUUGCUUAUUAUCUCAUAGCACUUUUAGUUUGUGGAAUGAUUCAUGAGGCUGGUCAUGCAAUUUCUGCAAUAAAUGAAUCAUUGCAUAUAAAAUCAACUGGGAUAUUUUUAUAUGUAUUAUACCCUGGAGCAUUUGUAAAUCUUCCUUUAAGAACGAUAAAAACAUUAUCGCCUAUAAGACAACUUCGAAUAAUUUGUGCUGGAGUAUGGCAUAAUGCAAUUAUAUUUCUGUUAGGGACUUUAUUGUUGAAUAUUGGCGUUAUAAAAAUACUUUCAAGUGCUACUGCAUGGAAGUCUGUGGAUGGAAUUGGUGUGAAUGUGGUCGAAGUUGAAAAAGACACACCUUUACAUAAUUUUUUAAUGCCUUCAAGUUUAAUAACAAAGUUAGAUGACUACGAUUUAAAUUAUCCAUCAUUGGAAAGUUGGACAAACUACUUGUUAAAUAAUGAUAAAAUAGAAAUCAAUAAUAAUGGAUUCUGUGCUUCAGAAAAAGACGUAACAAAUUCUUUAGAUUGUUGUGAAAUCUCAUUUGAACAUCCUUAUGGAAAUUCGAAAAAUGAUUCUAUCUCAUGUUUCAAAAAAAAAGAUCUACAUCCUUUGAAGCUUGUUUGUCUACCAACAAGACCAAUUCUUGUCAAUAUUAAUGAACAACGUUGUACAAAAGCUUCUGAUUGUUCAACAAUAUCUAAUUCACCAUUAUGUGUGCUACCAUAUAUGCCUGCUGGAUUCCCUAGACCUUUAAGAAUAUAUUAUAGAGACUCGCCUUGGAUUAAUCAAAAUAACGAUCAAGAAAACGUUUUAUUAUACAUGGGUGAUUUACAAGUUGUAUGGGAAAUUGUUGGUAUUCUUCAAUCUAGAUGGUCAUGGGUGCCUUUAUGGAUACCAAUGUCAACAGAAUUGAUCAUGAGAUAUACAGUGUCAUUUUCACUGGCACUCUGUGUACUAAACAUAUUACCAGCAAUCCAAUUAGAUGGACAUUAUGCGCUGACAGCAAUACUAUAUUGGCUGUUUAACAUAAAUAAAGAUAACGAUGAUAGAGAUGAUUUAAGUUUCUAUAUAACUAGCACAUCAACUGAUUCUAAAAGAAAGCUUUUAAGAAUAGAAAAUCUAAUUGUUUAUACUAUAACGGGCUUCGUCUAUUGCUGA